GUUGACGGCUGCAUUGUGAUGUGUUUGGUUUGACCACUCAAGUCAGCAGAUGGGUAUACACACUGUGGCAGAGAGCCAGAGAUGAAUAGUAAAAUAAUGAUUAAAUGCAGUGUGGUUGUAUAAACACAUAGUAAGUGAUAAAAGGUGGGUGAAGAAGAAACACCCAGUGUAUCAUGUGAAGCCCCCAAGGGCUAAAGUAACCUGAGCCAAUACUAAGUAUAUGCUUUAUCAAUAAAGAACGUUUUAAGCCUAAUCUUGAAGGCAGAGAGAGUGUCUGUAUCCCAAAUCCAAACUAGAAGCUGGUUCCUGAAGGCUCUGUCUCUCGGUCUACUUUUAAAUAUCCUUGGAAGUAAGCCUGCAGUCUGAAAGUCAAGCGCUGUAUUGGAGUGAUACCGUGCUAUGAAGUCUUUAAGAUAAGAUGGGGCCUGAUUAUUCAAGGCCUUGAAUGUGAGGAGCAGAAUUUUAAAUGCGAUUCUGGACUCUUUCUAGUCCCAGUCAAUACUCUUUGCUGUAGCAUGUUGGACCAACUCAAGGCUUUUCAGGGAGUUUUUAGGCCAAGUAUAACUGUCACAACCUAAAACCAAAAUCUUGUUGUUGUUUAGAAUCAUUUUUUCUAUAGCCAGAGAUUUCACACAAGUUUAUCACACAAGUCUAACAGAAACAAGCACUGGUGCCUUUGAUAUUUUAUCUGCUUUUGAUCAUUCAGUGGAGGAAGGUUCAUAAAGUGUGUUUUGGGUAAACCAUCCAUCCAUCCAUCCAUCCAUCCAUCCAUCCAUCCAUCUUCUUCCGCUUAUCUGGGGCUUGGUCGUGGGCGCAGCAGCCUAAGCAGAGAAGCAGAGAAGACCUCCCUCUCCCCAGCCACCUCAUCCAGCUUGUCCAGGGAAACAGCAAGGCGUUCCCAGGCCAGCCAAGAGAUAUAAUCUCUCCGACGUCUCCUGGGUCAGCCCUGGGGCCUCCCUCUGGUGGCCACCCAGGAGGUGCCCAGAAGGUAUCCUUGUGAGAUGCCCGAACCACCUCAACUGCUCCUUUCAUUCUACUCUGAGCCCCUCCCGGAUGGCUUACAAGGCUCAUGUGCCCAUGUGGAAUAGGUGGCUGACCAAAACAAGCCAUAACAUAUGAAAGAUCUAUCCUUACUAUCCAUCAGAGCGUGAGUGCGUCUGUUAUAAAGCACUUGGGCAUAGAAGUCUUGUAUGAAUGUGCGUGGAACAAAUCCCUCAUUUGAGCACUCAAAGGAAGUUCUUUGAGUGACCAAAAGAAUAACCAAAGUGCUAUAUAAGCACAAGUCCAGUUAGACCUUUUGUCUUGUGCAUGAAUGUGAUCCUCUUAGAAUUUAAAAGAUCAGCAAUUUUGUGUCAGUGGCUAACCUCUUGAUGAGAUGACUUUGUGACAUAAAGUUAAAGAAUGUGGAAAUGGAAACAAAACCACUACUACCCUUUGCUAAAGAGACGUACAUCAGGCUGAUCAGAGGCAAGCAGUUUACUGUAGCUACUGCAAGCUCUUCAAGCCACAAACUGUCAUGCAAAUCAAAAUGCUUCCUCUGAAUGUUGACCCUUAAUUUAUGCCAAGUAAUACUUCUCUUUUCCCCCCAGUUGAUGCAUUUACAGUCUCUGUCCACAUGAGGGCAGACAUCUUCCGCUCCAGUUAAAGAGCUUUUCUCAAAAUGAAACCAGUUCAACUACUACCUAUUUACUGUAAAUGUUAGAAAAGGGAAUUAUCCUUUUAUGCUGCUUAUUCUGUGGUGUUGUCAACACCAGAUAGCCGACCACACAGUGGGGACAUAGCCAUGCUUUUCCUGAAAAAAAAAAAGAAAAGCAAAUUGACUCAGUUCGUCUUAUUUUGUCUUAUAUAGCACAUCUUGGCCUCUUUUGGCUGCAUUCAAAUACAGGCAAAUGGAGGUUUUGGGACACGAAUUGGUUUCGUUUUACAUGUUGGCCUUGUAUUUGAAUUGCAGGUGCUCUCCUGUGUCUGUUUGUUUAGGGAAAUCACUGCAGCACUCACCCACCUGUUCACUCCUCUUUAAGCGUUCAACAGACUUCAACUGACAAAAUCCAGGCACAUGGUGAUGUCUACUGGAAUUCUUCAUCUCAAGGUCAAGAGGUCACCAACAGCUGUGCUUACACACUCUGACUGUGACUGGGCCAUGAAGGAUUGCGAAAUCGUUGAGAAAGAAAAUGAGUUUCGGGGUGAGCUGGUGAACCAGCGGUGGACACGAGGCGAGAGGACCAGCAGCCGCUGUCAGGCCUCCCAGAGACUGCAGAGCCGUCGACCAAUCAUGAUGAGCGUAGAGGGUGACGAUAAGCGAACUCGCACUCGGUCCAAGGGAAUCAGAGUUCCUAUUGAGCUUGUAGGACAAGAGCUGAGCUGCCCCACCCCUGGAUGCAAUGGCUCAGGCCAUAUCAGUGGGAGAUACUCACGACACAGAAGCAUUCUGGGUUGCCCAAUAGCAAGAAAGCGCCGUCUAGACGAAGCAGAGGCAGAGCAGGAACAAGAACAGGAAACAGAACGGCCUGCCUCCAAGAGGAAGUCCCACCCCCUGAAACUAGCCCUAGAUGAAGGUUUCAGUGCAGAGAGUGACGCAAGCAGUGAGGCUGAGGGCGAUGGAGAGAAAACAGAAGGAGCCAAGGUAGAAGAGGAAGUGGAGGAGACAGACACAGGUGUGGAGGAGGAGAGAGAGGAAAUGACAGAACUCACACAGGACGGACAGACAAACGGUCGGGAGGAGAACACACAACAGAAAGAGGAGGAAGAGACGUAUAAGAAGGAGGAGAACUUUGCAGCUGAUGAAGAGGAGGAGUGUGUGAUCAUCGAGCCUGAGCUCAGAGCAGCGGUACCUGCAGCUGAGGAGUGUCACUCUCCCUCACAGAGCACCGAGGAGGUGGCCAACUCUCUCCUCCACCUGGGCUGUGUCAACAACAACAAUGCUCCAACUGGGGCCAUUCAGCAGACUGUUGCUAUGGAGACCAAGAAGGAUGUCACAUUGGCCAUUACACAGGGUGAAGAAGUAAAGGAAGAGCAGGAGAAGGACACGAACGAGGGAGAAGAGGAAGAUGAGGAGGUGGCACAUGGAGUUCAAGCACUGAAGGAGUCAUUUGCUCUGCAGCAGGAGGCAGCUGAUGUGGAGGAUGAGCAAGGGGAGCACGAAGAUAUGAGCAACCACAUGAGCCCACAGCAUCUGACUAAAAGGGACCAGUGUGAACAGUUCAUAGGUAAAGACAAUGAAAAAGAAAAGAUAGUAGUGCCAAUGCAGCAGAGGCAGGGCACUUCAGCAGAUGAGGAGGAGCACAGGGAUGUUUUGCCCAUUUCUGAUGUGCCAACUGCCAUCCGCAUCAUCACCAGCACCGCAGCAGCUCAGGGAACACACAAGGCUGAAGACCACAGGGCCAGUCCUCUGGAGGACUACAACUCAUGCGGGGCAAGUCCCUUUGAGAACAGAGCCAGUCCACAAGACAGCUCUCUUAAAGCUAGCUCAAUUCAGAACUAUAAGGCCAGCCCUCCUUUAAGCUACAGCUCCCACAGGGCCAGUCCACUGGAGGACUACUUUCCCAUUCCCAGAGGGGAGAACUACAAAAUCCACAAAGCUUCAUCCUCAGCCUCUCCUGACAUUAUCGAGGUACGAUCCGAUAAGUCGGAGGACAAAGACUUUGACGAUGUGGAUGGAGAUGACGAGCACGAUGAUGAAGACAGCCUGUCACAGCGCUCGGCAGUGACGGACGAGUCAGAGAUGUUCGACAUGACCCGAGGGAACCUGGGCCUGCUAGAGCAAGCCAUUGCCCUGAAGGCAGAGCAGGUGAAGCCAGCAGGACCCAGAGAGCUGCUCCGCACACCAGAUAUCCACCACCAGCGGUACUUCACCAUGGAGGACAGGCCCAAGCACCUGGACGUCAUCCGCAAGAGCUAUUUCAGCAAAGAGAGCAGCAGGCCAGAGAAGAGGGAGAACAAGUGUCCCACACCGGGAUGUGAUGGCACUGGUCACGUGACCGGUCUUUACCCCCACCACCGCAGCCUGUCAGGCUGUCCGCACAAGGACAGGAUCCCCCCAGAGAUUCUGGCCAUGCAUGAAAACGUGCUGAAGUGUCCGACUCCUGGCUGCACAGGUCAGGGCCAUGUCAACAGCAACCGCAACACACACCGCAGUCUUUCUGGUUGUCCCAUCGCUGCUGCAGAGAAGCUAUCUAAGAGCCACGAUAAGCAGCAUCUCUCUCAGUCAGGGAGCGAGCACCUCAAAGGAAGUCCCAAUGACAGAGUGCUGAGCCCCACCCUGACGUCCUCUCCCUCUCCCCCCUGCAGACCCAUGUGUUUUGUGAAGCAGCUAGAGGUGCCCCAGUAUGGGAGCUACAGGCCCAACAUGGCACCUUCCACACCUCGCGCCAACUUGGCCAAGGAGCUGGAGAAGUACUCCAAGGUGUCCUUCGAUUAUGCAAGCUUCGAUGCUCAAGUGUUCGGGAAGCGCACGCUUGCUCCAAAGAUGCCCACCAGCGAAACCUCACCUAAAGCCUUCAAAACUAAGCCGUCAUUCCCCAAGUCAUCAUCACCUAGUCUCAGCCUCCACGGUUAUGGGAAAAGCUCCUCAUUGGCCUACGACUACGCCCAUGAUGCCGAAGCUGCUCACAUGGCUGCCACUGCCAUCCUUAACCUGUCUACUCGCUGCUGGGAGAAACCUGAGAACCUUAGCACCAAACCCCAAAACAAGGAAAUGGACAUUGAAGUGGAUGAGAACGGCACCCUGGACCUGAGCAUGAAAAAACCCAUUAAACGAGAGGGAAGUCUGUCUGGGACGAGCCCCGGCGUUCGGUCUCCAGACCCUUCCUCCUCCUCUUCCUCACUGCAUCAUGGUGGAAACAGCGGGAUGACAUCACCAAGCAUACACACCUACAAGCAGGAGGACUGGGAGGGACCUCUGGAUUACACCAAACCUAACCGUCAAAGAGAGGAGGAAAUGGACGAGCUGGAGCAUACCGGCCAGUCGUACGUCUCAUCCGAACCAGAGGACUGUGACAUGAUGCAGGAUUGCCUAGAGGAGAGGAAAUACCCAGGAGAGGUCACAACCCCAAGCUUCAAGGUCAAAUUUCAGCCCAAAGAUAGCAAGAAGGAGUUGCUCUCGUGUCCAACACCUGGCUGUGAUGGCAGCGGCCACAUCACUGGGAACUAUGCGUCCCAUCGCAGUCUGUCUGGGUGUCCUCUCGCUGAUAAGAGCCUUCGGUCCCUCAUGGCGGCCCACACCCCUGAACUCAAAUGCCCCACUCCCGGAUGUGACGGCUCAGGUCACAUCACAGGAAACUAUGCCUCACACAGAAGUCUCUCUGGGUGCCCGCGUGCCAAGAAAAGUGGAAUUAAAACUCCUGCCAAGGACAACCAGGAGGACUCCGAGCUUUUAAAAUGUCCGGUGCCGGGCUGUGACAGCCUGGGCCACAUUAGUGGAAAGUACGCCACACAUCGUAGCGCUUACGGGUGCCCGCUGGCGGCCCGUAGACAAAAGGAGGGUCUUCUGAAUGGCACGCCAUUCAACUGGAAGGCCUUCAAGACAGAGGGUCCAACCUGCCCCACCCCAGGUUGUGAUGGCUCUGGACAUGCUAACGGAAGUUUCCUCACACACCGCAGCCUCUCAGGAUGCCCCAGAGCUUUGUAUGCUAAGAAGAAGGCCAAGUUCCCUACAGAAGACUAUCUGAGCACUAAGUUCAGAGCCAGUGAUGUUUUGGACAAUGAUGAGGACAUCAAGCAGCUCAACAAAGAGAUUAAUGACCUUAAUGAAUCCAACAAUGAAAUGGAGGCUGACAUGGUCAACCUGCAGACUCAGAUCUCCUCUAUGGAGAAGAACCUGAAAAGCAUUGAGCACGAGAAUAAGAUGAUUGAGGAGCAGAAUGAGGCUCUGUUCAUGGAGCUGUCUGGUCUGAGCCGAGCCCUCAUCCGCAGCCUGGCUAAUAUCCGUCUGCCGCACAUGCAGGAGCCAAUCACAGAGCAGAACUUUGACAGAUACAUCAGCACCCUGACUGACAUGUACACCAACAAGGACUGCUUCCAGAGCCCCGAGAACAAGGCUCUGCUGGAGAGCAUCAACAAAGCUGUGAAGGGCAUCAAGGUUUGAGGCUCCACACAUACAAAUGGAGAACGCAAACUGUCCCAAAGUGCGGAGAACACGGUGGAGGUGGAGUCAGGAAGGAGAGAGGUUGAAAAGCUCUAUGAUAUAUCGAAAUAUGAUUCAAAAACAAAAAAAGGGAAUUCAGGUUAUUUAAGUAAAUGGCAACUUAAAAAAAUCAACCCAGGGAGCACUCUGUUGAAGAAAAGUGACGCGGACCAAAAUCCACAUCAUGCUGCUGCUGGGAUUCAAAGGAGGAACCAGAAGAAGAUCCAUGUUACUAGAAGCUGUAUCUGGGGGUUUAAAUAUACUGUAUGUUUACCUGUUGUCUCUUUUGUGUCCUUAACUGUUUUUCGGAGAGGGUUUCGCAACUGGUCAGUCAGUUUUUUAGCAUUUCUCCUCGGCCGGAACACUGAGACAGGCGAGGCUCGAGUAUUGCUCGCCAGAGCCCGGAGACAGGAAGAGGAACACUAACUGGAGCAGAAGACUCCCAACGCCACUGUCUCCUGUAGCAUUCUCAAUGGCAAGCAUCUGCGGCUCUGAAAAUCUCUCUGAUCCACAACCAUACUCGCACCACACCCCCCGGCAUGCACCAAACUGAAUGUGCGUUUGCUUGGUGGUAUUACUGCAGCAAUCAUCAGUGG